ACUUUAUUCAGCAACGGGCAAGGCUUUCUCCAGAGCAGGUCCACCAGGGGCACCAAGCCCGUGGGAUCUGCUCCGCAUCACUAACAGAGAAGUGCAAAUCAGAGCCACGGCGGUGGGGAGGGCUGCUCUCCAAGACCAGAAGCGCACACCGGUGGGCCUGCGCACUGUCGGCGGGAGCACAGAACGGUGCAGCGCCUGGAGAAUGAGUAUGGGUGUUCCUACAAAAGUUAAAGAUAGCAUCACCGUAUGGAGCUGCAAUCCUCCUUCUGGGUGUUUGCCCCAGGGAAUGAAAGCAGGGUCUCCACCAGAUGCUUAUUCCCCCAAGCUCACUGCAGCUACUCAUUACAGCUGCUGUAUGGAAAUAACCCACGUGUCCGUGGACAGAUGAAUGCAGAUGAGUGGACGUACAGAACGAGGCCCACCCGCACAGCAGGAGGGAGUUACCAGGACACCUGCUACACCAUGUGCGAACCUCGAGGACAUCAUGGCGAGUGAAACAAGCCGGCCCCAGAAGGACAAACAGUGUGAUCCACUUUUGUGAGAUUUUAUGAGAUGCCUAGGAGUCAAAAUCAUAGAGACGAAGAACUGGGGGCUGGGCAGAGGGGAGUUAGGGUUCAACGGGCACGGUUUCAGUGCCGCUCAACAAACAGCGUUCUAAAGCUGGAUGUGGUGAAGGUUGUGGGGCGUCAGGAGGGCGUGAAGACCGAGAACGACCACAUCAACCUGAAGGUGGCGGGGCAGGACGGCUCCGUGGUGCAGUUCAAGAUCAAGAGACACACGCCGCUGAGCAAGCUGAUGAAGGCCUACUGCGAGAGGCAGGGCUUGUCAAUGAGACAGAUUAGAUUCAGGUUUGAUGGGCAGCCGAUUAACGAAACAGACACCCCUGCACAGCUGGAGAUGGAGGACGAAGACACCAUCGACGUGUUCCAGCAGCAGACAGGAGGCUCGCGGGACAGCAGCUGCCCCUAAGGGCUCCGGCUCUACAGGGACCGUCCCCACCGUGUCGUCGUCCUUGCAUCUGCUGUUGAAUAGUGAACAAGUGACCGUGCCCAUCGCGAAGGCGUCUGCGGAAACCCGAGGACAGUCACCAAAAUUACUUCCCUCUCUGACGUUUUGCGUGGGCAACUCAGAACUCUGCAGGGGGGAGCCCACAGCUGGAAUCGGGCCAGUCACACUUGUCUUUGUUGGGGUGAAAUGAGUUGUGAGGGUUUUUGGGUUUGUUUUUGCUUUCAAUUUUGUUUUUUCUCCCCUCUGACUUUGCCCCCAAACUUGUGGUCUGAAUGUCCACUUUUAGUCUAGAUAGGGAUCUGACCCCAGGGGUUGACACCCCCACCCCACUGCUUAUUCCAGUUGAGAGCUCACAGCACCACAGUGGGGGUGCUUCUGUUGGACACGUUUUGGGGGCGGUUGGGGGAUGGGAGACCAACUUCCACUAUUUUAUAUAGGCACAGGUUUUUAAAAUGCUAAAUAUUGCAUUUCAGGAUAUGGUAAAGUUGAAGGGAAAAUACUGGAAUGCAUUUUAAAAGGUGAAAAGGAAAAUAAGCAGGUCCUUCAGUAACAUGGCCCUGGGCAUCAGCACCCACUGCCUGGCGCCUGGGGCCGCGGUGCAGGCAAAGCGUGGGGCCGCAGAAACAGGCCUUUUCCCUUAACAGAGAAGGCAAUCCCCACGUGUCUCACUUGGUCAUAGUGCUGUGGCCCCAGAUUUCUGCUCCUCUGAGUAAUUAUGGUCUCUCUAUAAAAAAGCAAGAUUCAGUAUUGCUGAAUUUGCACUUGUUUUUGUGUGAAAGACCUGCUUCAAAGUGUUACCCACAGAGCCCAUGGAAAGGUCACUCCAUGUCACCCUCACGGACUUGGGCUGUGCUGCUUUCCAAACAGGUAAGGGACUUACACUCUAGUAUGUGAUUUUGGUUCUGUGAGAUGUUUUGGGAUCUGUUCCAAUUAAACUGAUAGCUUUCCUCCUGUCUUUGUGUACGGACCCACUGCUGCCUUGUUCUAGUCACAGAGCGUGACCGUGACUGUCAUCUCCUGCUUGCCUGAAAUCUUGCUGAAGGUGUUCGCAUUUCCUUUGUCUUGCUGUUUGGGCGUGGGUGGGAUGUCUGCUGGCUCUGUUCCGUUUAUUCACCAAUUUGUACAUUAUUUGUUGUCCUUUGCUACUGUAAACAGUAAAUAUAGUUUGGUAUUCUGUC